AUGCCACAUGGUGAGGUGACCAUCACAUUGCAGGAUGUGGAGGUUCUUCUCGGGCUUCCUGUUGAUGGUGACGCUAUAUCAGGGAGCACACAAAAAACUUGGGUGAAUGUGUGCCGGGACUUCCUUGGUUUUCAACUUGUAACUCAAAAUAACCAUAAGCAACUUGAUGGGCAGAGGAUUCUCAUCAACCGCCUUUUGGAGGAAGUUGCUAACCCAUUGCCGCCUGAUGCUGAAGAGGAUCAGCUGCAUAAGUACGCACGAUGCUACAUCCUACCGCUAUUGGGGGACACAAUAUUCAUGGACAAAUCCGGCGAUAGGGUGCAUCUAAUGUGGGUGCAGCAGUUGGAAAACCUUCACAAUCCACGGAGGUACAGUUGGGGAAGUGCUUGCCUUGCAUGGUUGUAUCGAGAGCUAUGCAGGGCAAGCGAGGACACCAGUCAGAUUGGUGGGUGCUUGCUGUUGCUCCAGUACUGGGCAUGGGCCAGGUUCCCCUAUUUGUGCCCGACAGUUGAGCGAGGCCCGCCAGUGGGUGCUUACGGUCCUUCAGUACGUGGUCCACUAUCCCUGAAGUGGUUGUGGGUCCCAAACAAGAAAAAUAGGCCCGCCCACAUCUUCAGGGACAGGUAUCGCGAGCAACUAGCUUCCAUGUUGCCAGACCAGGUGGUGUGGCAGCCAUAUGAAGCUCAUUUUGACGACCUCCCGCCCUGGUGUGUUGCAGGGAGGGCCGUAUGGACGGCAACGGUGCCGCUUGUAUGUUUCCACCUAGUAGAGAAACAUACACCGGAUCGUGUUGUUCGUCAAUUCGGGAUGAUCCAAGAAAUUCCCCGCGCUGUUAACACUGACAGAGUGCUUCAUGGCAUUGAUUUGAGGGGGAAGAUCGGUGUUAAUUGGAUGCAGAAGCAUGCUGCGCAUAUCCUUGAGUGGGGUUAUCGCUUUGAUCGGCGUUGUGAAGCUGUGCUUGGUGAUAUGCCUCCAGAGCACGAGUACCAUGACUGGUUCAAAAGGGUGACUCGGAGGUUCAUCGAUAGGCCUGGUGCUGUAGUGACUCUGCUGAUUGAAGGAUACGUCCGUUUAUUGAGGCGUCAUCCAGUGGGCACGGAGGACCACAACGACAUUACUGAGGUGUUGACGGCAGUACAGGCGAUGACACGUGUCCAACCUCCUAUCCCUGAGGCCCCGAUUGAGGAGGCAGCUAUGCCUACCGGCCUAAGCACAAGCACAGCUCCGGCCGGAUGUCAAUCUCGUCCGCCUGUUGCUACCCCUCAGCUUCUCCUUACCCCCGAUCCCUCUGCAUCCACCCCACAUGCAUCCGCCAGCCCCACCAUCCCUUCAUCCACCCCACAUCCAUCCCCUACCGUCACCAUCCCUUCACCCAACCCACAUUCAGCUCCUACUGCCACCAUCCCUUCACCUAGCCCACAUCCAGCCCCUACGCCCACCAUCCCUUCACCUAACCCACAUCCAGCCCCUACGCCCACCAUCCCUUCACCCGCCCACCAUCCGUCUCCUUGCCCCACCAUCCCUCCACCCACCCCACUUCCUUGUUCUGGGUCUGAUGUGAUUGGUGUACUUGUUACACUGAAUGGAGAUCUGAAGAACCAGUUCGUGGAGACCAAUGUUGGUUUUGAUACAAUAUGUAAGAGUUCAGAAAGAGUUCAUAGUGAUCUGGAUGAUGAAGACAGGCAUAUGUCUUUCUGUGCGUCAGGACUCCACCCUAAUGGUAGAUGCACUUGUGGGACAUUCUUUUCAGCUGAAGAGCCUAGUAUUCAUGCAAGCAUCUUUCAAAUACUCAUGCUUGCUGAUGCACUAUUUGAGGUCUUGGAUGAAAUCCAUCACCACCCGGUGUCUGAUUCGCCGUCUGUGCUUUCACUGCCAGCUCCAGUGGAUGUUGUAGACUCAUUUCCUCUCAAGAAUCACAAGAAGGCCGAGGCAACUGAAAAUGGAGCCCAGUGUUACAUUUGCCUGGCUGAGUACGAGGAAGGGGAAACAAUAAGAGUUCUCCCAUGUUGUCAUGAAUAUCAUAUGCCAUGCAUUGAUAAAUGGCUCAAAGAAAUUCACGGUGUAUGCCCAAUUUGCAAAGGAGAUGUUUGUGAGGGCAUUGCCGAGGCUUCCACCUAAAAUCCAGAAAUUUCAUCUUUUUGAUGGAUAUGUAAAUACAUAUAUAAAUAGGUAAAGGUUUUUUCUUGAAAUAUUUUAUGCCUACAUAGUUGUAAAACAGUAAAAGUUUUAUGCUUCAGUAAUAUGAUAUGCUAUAAGUUGGCUCCAGAGAAUUAAGAAGAGGGGCAUAUGCAUCUUGUAGUUUCCCUGUUGAAAUUCCAGCACAUCAGAUUUUGUAAUAAAAACUAGAAAGGAUUAUCAUCAAAAUCAUUGCCACACCA